AUGGUCUCCCCUAGAGAACACUCCCAUAACCUCCUGAUCAACUCGAUCUCCUCCAUCGUCGAGCCGACAACGCCUCCUUCGGCAACGACAAACUCGAAGCUCUGGGACCAGCAGCGCCUCAAUGGCCUGUUGUCCUUGCCGAGUUUCAGCCUUGAAGCCAAGGAGACCACGCCACUCAAAAUCGACAAGGACUACUUGGCCCUGGUGCUGAAGGCGCCUUUGCUGCUGUUGCGGAGCCACGUCUUGCGUUUGGCCAAGGACCAGUACGGCUGUCGUUUCCUCCAGAAACGUAUCGACGAGAAUGUCGUGCCCAAUCGCCAGGCUAGGGUCGCCAACUACGAGAUCAUCUUCAAGGAGGUCGCUCCACUGUUGUACGAGCUUAUAAUCGACCCUUUUGGCAAUUACUUGGUCCAGAAGUUGGUCGACUACUGCUCAGAGGCCGACCUUGACCUCAUGUUAGAUACCUUGCACAACAACUUGUUCCUGGUUUCCAUCAACCAGCAUGGAACCAGAGCUUUGCAGAAAGUCAUUGACCACAUGUCCAACAGCCACCAGUUGGCGCUAUUGAUGAAGGGCUUGAAGCCGUACAUCAUUGAGUUGAUCAAGGACUUGAACGGCAACCAUGUCAUCCAGAAGAUCUUGAACAAGUACCCACCCGACAACUGCCAGUUCAUCUACUCCUCCAUCAUCGAAGACAUUUUGGUGGUGGCCACCCACAAGCAUGGUUGCUGUGUGCUUCAAAAGUGCUUGAACCACGUCAACCCCUCCCAGCUCUCUGCCUUCUCCGAGAAGAUCUUGCAGUACAAUGUGUUUGUCGUGUUGAUCAACGAUCAGUUUGGUAACUACGUCUUGCAGUAUCUCGUCUCUAUUGAUUCUGUCGAUGUGAACUGUGCCCUUUUCAAUAACUUCCUCAAGUACGGGAUCAACGACUUGUGCAACUUGAAGUUCUCUUCCAAUGUGGUUGAGAAGCUCAUGAAGAACUGCUACCACAACGAGCCCAAGCUGCGUCUGUUCACUGACUUGAAGUUUUCCGUUAUAGGUGCCAUCUUCAACACUGAUCUCAACAAGCUCAUCAACGACCCAUACGGCAACUACGUCAUCCAGACGUUGAUAGACAUUUUGAUCAACCACAACGUCACUUACUACCAUAGUAGCGACAGAAGUGUCAUACCUUCAUUGCAGCAGCUUCUUCCCCCAAACUAUAUUCAUAGCUCGGACUCGUUGCAGAUCCAAGUCAUCAAGCACUGGUUCCAAAACUGCAAGAUCGUCUCCUCGUUCGGCAAACGUAUCCAGCUGAAAAUUAACAUUAUUUUGAAUGGGGUCAAGUCGUCGGGUCGUAAACAUCAGCAGGUGAACCAUGGCAACAUGAUCAUCCCACCUACAAAUGUCAUGUCGAAUCAGAACAUGAAUGCAAACGGAGAGUUCAUUCAAAGCCGUACUCCCAUGGCCCCCUACCCUUUUCAGGCCAACUCCAUGGCCAUGAACAACGGAACGGGCUACAACAAGGGCUAUAAUGGGUAUCAGAGAAACAAUCGCCUGAACCAUCUGCAUCAGUAUUACGACGGCUAUGCGAUGAACCGCAGUCUUGGUCCGUCUCCGGUCCCAAGAGAUUCGCAAAGCUCCUUCGACUCCCUUGUCGACCCCAGCCUUUCAGCCACGGCGCUGUUAGCAAACUUGCAUAUAUCGGCUCCAGUUCUGGCUCCGAUCGAUCAAUCCACUGUAUCAUACAAUAAUGCCAACCCCCAACUAUCCAACUUCAUUUCUAACGACUUCACGAGAAAUGCGGGCUACUCCAUGGCGAAUCCAGGUAUUAUGGCCGGUGCAAGGUCUCUGCUCAAUGGUCAGUACGGUGUACGUCCUGACAGAGGCCACGAAGGCUUGAGGAAUCUGUUGCAGUACUCUGGAAUGCUUCCACUGUACUCGGGUGCUGGCCAUCAGGGCUUUUCCCACCAGCAGAACUCCUCGUACCCAGGAAACAUAAAUUUCUUCAAGGAGUAA